AUGGACAAUUGCAGUCAAACGCUAGCGACGCCCCCGACGACAACGCCCCGGGGCAAAAUUUCCAUCUUCGACACCACGCGAAGACAGAACAUGUCUGCUAUCCGCCGACUGAAUUUGAUAUCGCAACACAUUUCACCUUUUUCUGCUUCUUCUUCUUCAACAACUUCCUCCUCAACUCACUCGAAAAUGCCCGUCUCCACCCAGGCCGCCCACCCCCUCACCCUCAUCCCCGGCCCCGUCGAGUUCACCGACGAGGUCCUCCAGGCGAUGGCCACUCCCUCCCAGUCCCACGUCUCCCCCCAGUUCGUCUCCGUCUUCGGCGACGCCCUCGCCCUCCUCCGCCAGCUCUUCAUGAACACGGACAAGUCCGCGCAGGCCUUCGCCAUCGCCGGCGCCGGCACCCUCGGCUGGGACUUUGUCGCCUCGAACCUCAUCGAGCCCGGCGAGGACGCCCUCGUCCUCCACACCGGCUACUUCGCCGACUCCUUCGCCGACUGCAUCGACACCUACGGCGGCGUCCCCACCCAGCUCAAGGCCCCUAUCGGUGAUAUUGUCCCGCUCGACCAAAUCGAGGCCGCCCUCAAGUCCAAGUUCUACAAGGUCAUCACCAUCACCCACGUCGACACCUCCACCGGCGUGCUCUCCGACAUCAAGACCAUCGCCGCCCUCGUCCGCAAGGUGUCCCCCAACACCCUCAUUAUCGUCGACGGCGUCUGCUCCGUCGGCGUCGAGGAAAUCCGCUUCGACGAAUGGGACCUCGACUUUGUCCUCACCGCGCCCCAGAAAGCAAUCGGCGUCCCCGCCGGUCUCUCGAUCUUCAUUGCCUCCGGCCGCGCCCUCGAUGUCUUCAAAUCCCGCAAGGCCAAGCCCGGCUCCUACUACGCCUCCCUCUCCAAGUGGCUCCCCGUCAUGCAAAACUACGAGGCAAAGAAGGCGUCCUACUUCUCCACCCCGCCCGUGCAAAACAUCCACGCCCUCCUCGCCUCCCUCAAGCAGAUCCUCGCCAUCCCGCUCGAGGACCGCUUCGCCGCCCACGAAAAGAUGUCGACCCACGUCAAGGAAACAAUCGAGUCCUACGGCCUCAAGCAGGUCGCCGUCCGUCCCGGCUACCAGGCCCACGGCAUGACCGCCGUCUACGUCCCCGAAGGCGUCACCCUCCCGGACUUUCUCCCCAAGGUCGCCAAGCGCAACAUCGUCCUCGCCGGCGGCCUCCACAAGGACAUUGCGACAAAGUACUUCAGAAUCGGACACAUGGGUGUCUCUGCCAUCGGUGAGGACCGCGAGGACUUUACCUUGGCUUUGAAUGCCAUCAAGGACUCUUUGAAGGAGUGCGGUUACACUUUUUAG